AUGGCUGCUGCCGUGGAAAGCUUCAUCGACACCUCAGUUCACGAAGAGUCCGCUCCCGCCGAGGCAGGGGCUGAUUUUGUUGAGGUGGUUGAAAAAGAAACUGAUCAUAUAGUGAAUAUCGAGAAAAAUCCAGACGAUGAACAAAACGAGGAUGGAUCAGAUAACAAACCUAUUGAUCCUUUGACUCCGCCAAAAAGUCCAACAGGAAAACCAGAGAAAAAAUCUGCGUCUAAUGGGAAAAUCGCUGUUAAAACUCUUAAAACCCCAACAAAAACCACUCUUAAAACAGGAGGAGUAGCUAAAAAAAGCAGCCCUGCUGCUACUACUCCUACAAGCGUCACCGCCAAAACUGCUACUGAUGCUGGUGCACGUUCACGUCGAUUGUCCACUUCUUCCGUUUCAUCAGUUUCAUCAGUUUCACGAUCGCCUACUCUGUCUAAAACUACUACUGGAACUCGUACGCCUAGUGGUGCUACAAGCGCUACAAAAACUAGCUCUUCAACUGCGACAAAAACUGCCGCUGCAUCUAAAGUGGCACCGACUGUUCCUAAAACAAGCCGGGCCAAUUCAACAACAACAGCGCCAUCAAAAAUCAUAAAAACCGCAGCAUCUUCGCUCACAAAACCCACUGCAUCAAAAAUGGGAACUCCAUCUGCUUCUAGAGGAGUAUCCCCUGCUGCUUCCAGAUCUACUUCUCCCACUCGUCAAUUAAACAAAGCUGGGACGGCGGCCGGUCUUAAAAGGAGCGCUACUACUACCAAUACAGCAGCUUCUAGUGCUGCAAAGAAAACACCGACACCUGUUUCUCCCACAAAAACAAAAUCAGUUACCGCUUCAACCACCCUUACCAAAUCCGCUGCGGCAUCAACAACAGCAGCAAAACCUGUUGCUGCAAAUGGUGUUGCUUCAAAAGCCAUCUCUACUGCCGAGAUUAAUGAAUUCAAAGAAAAGAAUGAAGAACUUACGCGAUUACUCGAGGAAAAGGAAACUCUUUUAAAACAGCUCGAGGUGGAAUUAAGUGAGCUGAAGAAAAAUCUAGAGAAAGAAAAUAACGACGCGUCAAAUGUAUCGCAAAAGCAUUCUCAACAAUUAGCAGAACUGAACAAAGCACAUGAAGAACUGAAAAAAACACAUGAAGAACUGAAAAAAACACAUGAAGAGGACAAUUUGAAACUUCAAAUUGAACGGGAUGAAUCAGUUCUUAAAAAAGAGGCUGAAAUUGAUUUGCUCAAAAAAGAAGUGUAUUCUCUAAAGAGCGAUAUAGUGGCUGAGCACGAGCAACAACUUGAAGAACUUAAAACUGCACAUGUCACGAAAAUAAAUGAGUUGGCUCAAAAAGUUCAAGGAACUGAAGGUGCAGUCGAAGAACUAGAAAAAUUACGAGUCGCGCUUAAAACAGCAACGAGCGAUCACGAGCAACAACUUGAGAUGCUUAAAAAUAAACAUUCGUCUGAACUGGAAGAUUUGCGAGCCACGCAUGAAGAAGCACUCGAACAAGAACGGGAACGUGUGAGACAGGAAUUUACGUCUACGCAGCAAGAAACUGUUGGUGAGAUUGAAGUUGCUAUGCAAGCUCUAAUAGUGAAACAUUCCGACGAAUUAAAUGAACUUCAAUCCACCCAUGCAGCUGAAUUACAAAAACUCCAAGAGGAACGUGACGAAAUGAUUGAAAAAGCAAAGGUUGAGCUUCACUCAAACUUGAAUCAUCAACACAAUCGAGAAAUAGAUGCUCUCGAGAAAACACACGGCGAGGAAUUGAAAUCGAUAAAAUCAAUUCUAGAGUCUAAACAUGAUGCCGUGAUUCAAGAAAUGGCCGUGCUCAACGCUAAACACUCCCAAGACAUGGAUACUAUUGAAAAAGCGCAUGCCCAACAAAUUGAUCUCAUGCAAUCGUCGUCCAAUGAAGAGCUUUUGCAAAAAUAUGAAAAACAAAUCGCAGAGCUCAAACUUAAGCAUCAAGUUGAUUUGGACCAGAUUGAAAAAUCGAAGCAAGAGUUGGAGAAAUCUUUGAAUGGAAAAUACGAGAUCGAAAAGGAUAACCUCGAGAAAGCACACGCCGAAGAGUUAGAGUCAAUUAAAAAGGAAUUAGAAUCUUCACAUAAUGCUCUAGUCGAAGAAAUUUCUUUAAAACAUAAGCAAGAAUUGGAGAAUUUGCAAAAUUCUCAUUCUCAACAACUCGAACUUCACAAAACUUCUUCCAAUCAAGAAAUAGUUCAAAAUUAUGAAAAACAAAUAGCAGACCUUAAAACACAGCACGCCACUGAAUUAAAUCAGUUUGAAAGCUUAAAAGCGGAAUUAAUCGAAAAGGCGAAAGCAGAAAUUCGUGAUUCUCUUGUUAGUCAACAUCAUCUUGAACUGGAGGGUCUUGAGAAAAUGCAUUCGGCGGAACUUGAUAACUACAAAGCGGAACUUGAAUCGAAACACGAGAGAUCAACUCAAGAAUUAAAUGCUAAACAUUCUCAAGAAGUGGAAGAACUUCAAAAUAGUCAUGCUCAGCAGACUGGAUUGCUCAAGUCAUCUUUCGAUGAAGAACUUGUACAAAAAUACGAAACUCAAAUUAAUGAACUUAAAAAGCAACAUGAAACCACAUUAUUAGCGGUAAAAGAUAGUAGCUUAAGCGAAAAGCAAAGUGAAAUUGCUGAGUUAGUAAAUAAACACGAAGCCAUUUUAUUAUCGCUUAAAGAGACAACCGAGAAUGCGCUAAUUGAAAGACACGAAAGUGAAAUUGCUAAUUUGGUAGCUGAUCAUAAAUCCAAGUUAACAGAACUCGAAUUGAGUAAUGAAAAAUAUAUUCUGGAAACCAGUCAACUACAACAAAAACAUGAUUCUUUACUCGACGAAUUAAAACGAACCCACGAGACACAUCAAAAAGAAUUGUCUGCUCAGGAAGAAAAGUACAAGCUUCAAACAUCAAAAUUGCAAUCACAGCACGAUGCACUUUCAGAAGAAUUGAAGAAAAAUAGAGAGCUUCAUGAAAGCGAAUUGAACAAACUUAUUUCUCAACAUGAAUCUUCAUUAAGCGAAUUAGAAAAUAACAAUGAAAAACUUCAGAGUGAAAUUGAAGAACUUCGAUCACAUCACGAAAAUGCAAUCGGUCAAUUAAAUGAAUCUCGUGAAGAUCACAACAGUAAAAUUGGUGAAAUACAAUCGCAGCAUGAUUCUGCUCUUUCUAAGGCACUCGAGAAUUUACGACAAGAGCAUUCGGCUUAUGUAUUAGUUCUUAAGAAUGAACAUCAGAAAGAAUUAGAAAAAUUUGCCAAUAUAAAAGCCACUCUUGAUGCUCAGAAUGUAGAACAAGAGAAACUACGCAAUCAACUUGCCGCCUCCAGGAAAGAAAACAAGAAUUAUGAAGAACAACUUCAAGAAAUUACCGAGCACAUUAGUAAGCUCACUCAGAAACACCGUCACGAAGUUGAGAUAGAGACUCUUCGAACAUCACACGCCAAAUUAAUUGAAACUAUUGAGCAAAAACACGCAGAAAAGACUCAGAAAUUGCAGGAAGAAACAGAGUCUAAAAAGGCGGAAUUAGAGGAACUAAAUAAACGCGUCAAGAACACGAAUAAUAAUUCAGGGCCAUCCCCAAAGGACCUUGAAGCUCUUCAUCAAGCUCACAAUGCGAAAAUUGCCGAAUUGGAAAAUACGCAUCAGCGUUCGCUUGAAGACCUAGAAGCGAAAUUAAAGAAUACUACAAUGGAAUUAAAAUGGCUAGAAGAAGAAAAUGAUCAACAGGACAAUAAGAUCGAUGGGCUUACCAAAGAGAACGAAACACUACGUGAAGAAGCACAGAAACAGGACGAGCUACGCAAAGAAAAUGAACGAUUGAAGGCCGAAAAUGAACAGAUGCUAGAGAUGAUCCGUCAGUUACAGGCAGACCGUAUUUUUGAAAUGUCAUUACAAGGCGAACAAGUUGUUAUGAAAUUAGCCCUUCCACCUUCCUUCUAUUCUCUUUCUUUACCUUUCCCUCCUUAUCUCCAACCUAUUCUUCCACCCCCUUUCCAAAUUGCAGCCAAUCAAACUAGUGAAGAGGAAUAG